AUGUCAAAUUCGCCAUUGAAUAUCAAUUCAACCUUCGAAUUUUCAAUCCCUCAUACGAUAACGAGAUAUGAUAAAGUUAUAUACACACCGGCAUUUUCCACGGGGGACAAUAUUUUUUGGCAAUUGGAAUUUCAUCCGACGGAACCGGAAAAUAUAGAAUUUUGUUUAUUAUACCUUAUAGCGAUACCGAAUCCAGAUGAGACGCAAACGAUGAAAUAUUGGGAUAAACGCUCCAACCUUUCCGCAAUGAUAUACAUCAAGAAUUGCAACUAUUACAAAUCUUAUUCCCUAAGAACGGAUGAUUACUCCGUGAGGAACAGAGCAUGGGGAAAGAAUUUUAAUAAGCCAUUAAAUACAAAUUAUCCGAUAACGAUUGGGGUGACAUUCAACAAUACAAAACUUGAGCGUAAUCAGAUCGAUUCACCGAUGACAACCACCUCAAAGCCAAAAAAGAUUAUAAAUUUGUGGGAGGAAGAACUUUAUGAUAGGGAAUCAAAUGACAUACAAUUUGAACUGAAGGAUGGUACAACCUACGCUCGUAAAUCAAUGUUAUUAAAACGUUCAGAAUAUUUUCGUAGAUUAUUUCAAGGAAGUUGGAGCGAGACCAAUAAGUCAAUACAAGAGAUUGAUAAUAAUUCUCAUUACGUUAUUAAAUCCUUUAGAAAUAUUUAA